AGGAAAAAAGAAAAAAAUGAUAAAUCAUAACCUUAAUUCCUAUUUCUGUAUAUUCCCACCAUGAGCAGCCGCCAUUAAAGCCGCCGCCUCAGUCCCAACCCAUUUUCCCUUCUCAGUCUCGCCGACCGCCGCAACGACACCGCUUCCUCCCCCUCUUCGUCUCUCUGCUCUGGCUAUUGCUUCUUCUUUCCAGGCACCCAAAUUUCGAUUGGUUUUUGUUGGCUCUGGUGAGAAAUUAGUGUAUUUGACAUAAUGGAGGAGAAUAAUAAUUCCAAUAACGAUAGAAUCGAGAAAGAAGCUCCUCAGCUGGUUUCUUUGUUGAAAGAGAUGAAAGAUGGAUUAGAUACAGUGCGGAGCAAAGUCCAAGCUUUAACUGCCAAGGUAAGAGCAGAUCAGUUUCCAACGGCAGAAGGGAUGAGCUAUCUUGAAGUCAAACACUUGCUGCUUCUGAACUAUUGCCAGUCACUUGUAUACUACUUGCUUCGUAAGGCAAAAGGGUUCUCAAUCGAGGGGCACCCUGUUGUUCGAAGUCUCGUGGAGAUAAGAUUAUUUUUGGAAAAGAUUCGACCAAUCGAUAAGAAGCUCCAAUACCAAAUCCAGAAGCUCACAAGGGUUACUGCAACUGCAACGACUAAUGCAGAUGCGAGUGAGAAGGAACCUGAUGCAUCUCAGAAAACUGAAGAUUUGUUGAAAUAUCGCCCAAACCCUAACAUGCUUGUUAGCAAAACAGAUGAGACUACUAAGGAUGGUGUGUAUCGACCCCCCAAAUUUGCUCCUACGUCGAUGGAGGAAGAUAAGAUCUCGAGGCAAGAAAGAAAUGCAAUGAGAAAGGAGAAAAAUGCUCUACGACAAGCUAGGCAGAGUGAUUAUGUGAGGGAGCUGAUGGAUGACGUGGAGGGUAGACCCGAAGAGGUUAGAGAAAUUGUUGGGACAGAGAGCAGAGAGCUGACCAGAUAUCUGGCAAAGAUGGAGGCACGUGCAAAGCGUGAAGAGGAGCUCUUUAUUCGUGCUCCUUUUACAAAGGAGGAGAAAAAGAAGGAGAAACACUUGAAGAAGUCAAGAAAUGGGUUGCUUGGCCUGACAGACAGUUUCUAUGAUGAGAUCAAAACUUUGGCCGUGGAGGGUGAAAAUGAUGUCCAGAUGGCAGGCUUUGGUGGUAGUAGCAGUGGUAUGGGAAGACUUGAGAAGCGCAAGAGAGACCAUUGAAUGGGCCAAGUUUUGCUACCGGCUUUACUCAGAGCACAAGAUUUUCCUGCCGUCUUUAUGUUUAUUACUUAAGCUGCUAGAACUGACAAAUCUAAAUUAUUCCUUCCCUGAACUGAGUAUGUUUUUGUUUUGUAAUUACAAUAGCUGGUCAAAUGAAAUGAUGUAAUCUACGUUCUUGUAUUGCGAAGAAGAAGACGGAUCGAAUUUUUUGUUCA